AUACGUAUGCAACCGUUUACCUGGCGCGCGCGCCCAAUGGAAAAAAGCUUGCUCUCACAGAACGGAAAACGAAUAAUGGAGAAAGCUUUUCCGGCAGCGCAAUGCGUGAAAUUGCCAUACUUCGCGAAUUAAAGCAUGAAAAUAUUCUAACACUUCUGGACGUGCCAAACACAAAAUCCUCCUCCGAACUUGUCUUCGAAUACGAAGACUUGAAGUCGAUUAUCAAUGGACCUGGUCUACACGAAGAGGCCGUUAGAAACUACUUCAAACAGAUUCUAAGCGGCUUGGCAUAUUGUCAUCAGAACAAUAUUGUACACCGUGAUCUGAGACCGGAGAAUAUCCUCAUAACAGAAAACAAUGUUAUAAAAAUAGUUGGUUUUGGUAAGUUUUGCGGCCCUCAUUCCUGCUUAUUCGAGCGAUUUUUUUGGCCUACUUCGCGGUUAUUCCUAUGCAAGUAA